AUGUUUGAGAAGGGGUUGGAGGGGGCCAGGUGGGGUUCACGGGAAGGGCCCAAACCCAACACGCAGUGGGUGAUGCUGGAGGAAACCUGCACAGACUGUGCUGUACCGGCUAAAGGCUCGUGGUCCUUCUGGCAGCCUUUGGUUGCCUCUCUCCAGCUUGUCCCUGGUCCAAGGUGUCGUCUUGCCUGCACGGUGUGAGCAGAGGCUGAGCAGCCCAACCCGGGGUUGUCUGGGGUCUGUGCUUUCAUUUUGCUCCUUAAAUCUCUUCAUCGUCUCUUACAAUCAAUCUUCCUCCAGAAGAGAGCCCAGCGCCUUGAAAUCACUCUAAGCCUGUUGCCGCUCACGCCAGCCGCUUCCCGGAGGUUUAAUCCUGCGCUCCCUGCCCGCGGCUGCCUGGCUGGUGGCAGGAGCCCGCCUGCCCUUGCUUUGGCACCUCACCGGGCGGUUUGUCCCCAGCUUGAUGGGGACAACAUCUCCCAGGCGCAUUUUCCCAGGCAGAGGAGCCAGGACCCCUCCCAGGGAUGGUGUGGAGGGCGCAUGGAGGGAGGCUCUCCUGCUGAGACGCGGCGGACGCCGCGGCCCCCCAAGCAGCACGGCCAAGUCCCUGCCCCACCGGAGUGCCCCGAGGCUGCCCGUGGCCCCCACGCCAUCCUGGAGAGCAAGGUGAAGGCGCUGAAGGAGAAGCGGGGGGCCAGCCGGCCAGGGACACCCGUAGCCGCCCCGGAGCGCCCCUCGCCCAAGAAGCCCCGGUCCCGGCGGGGGAAGCUGGGGAUGGAUGUAGCAGCGGUGGAGCCGCGGACUCAGCUCCGCACCUACUUGACGGAUGGGCUGCUGGACAGUGGGGAGCCUGCGGCCAGUGGCCCCCCAGCACCCCGCGCUGGCACCCCCGGGCUCUGGCGGGUGCCGGCACCCAGGGGAGAUGUGCCGGGAGGCACCAAGCUCCCUGAGGACGAGGGUGGUGUGUCCCCAGUCUCUGCCUUCCCCCAUGAGAGACUCCUCUUGGAAGAAGAGCCACGAACCCCCCCGUGGGACUGGGGGGGUCCCCCUGCGUCCCCCACCGCGGCCGAGGGCUGGGAGAGGCUCUCGCUGGCCGAGCGAGUGGAGAGGAACCGGCGGCUGCUGCAGGAGGUGCUGGGUCUCGCCGUGCCCGAGGUGCCGGCAAGCGAGGGGGACUGGGACUCGGGGGUCUCGCUGCAGGACGCCGAGGGCUGCAGGGCCUUUGUCCCCGGGCAGGAGCUCGAGCUGAGCCCGCGGCACGAGCAGGCCAAGCAGCUGCUGCAGCGCGCCCGCAUGAAGGCUCGGACGAACCCCCUGCGCGCCAGCCACGACAUCCUCCUCCUCCCCGCCGCCGCCCCGCGCCCCAGGGAACCCAGCGGGAGGCCGAGCAUCGCCCAGCGGGAUGGCGGGAGCCUGAGCGACUCGUCGAGCGGGGAGUCGAGCUGCGGGCGGCCGCGGCGGCCCCGGGGACCCUCCCCGUCCCGCGUCCGCUUUGAGGACGAGUCGGCCCGCGACGUCGAGGUGCGGUACCUGGAGCGGCUGCAGCUGCGGCACCGGCGGGUGCUGGGCUCGGUGCUCUCCUCGCCGGAGCCAGCCGGCAGCGGGCAGCCAGGGGACGGGGCCGGCCGGCCCAAAGCCCACAGCGGCAACCUCGUGGCCGGGGGCAAGUGCAGUGCCUGCGGCUCCUUCCUUGGUGCCGCCGCCGGCCGGGGCACAGACAUGCCAGCAGCCACCAACGCGGCCGAAAGCAGCCCUGCAGCGCAAGAAGGCAUCCCAGGGGAUAGCGGGGGGCUAAGCGCUGCCCUGCCAGAGGCCAAAACCAGGGCUCUGGGCCCCCGGGGGUCCCCGCUGUGGAUCCUUCCCUCCCGGCAGCGCAUCCACACCGAGAAGAUCAAGGAGACAUACAUUGGGGAUGUCACCUACAUAGACGAGGUGGACUCGGCCCUGGAGAGCACCGACACCUCCGACAGCUGCCGGACGGACAGCGAGGAGGCAGGACCCCGCAGCCCCCACCCACGGGGGUACCGGGACCCCCGGGCUCGCGGGCACAGGGCCCCCCCUGCCACCCCACAGCCAGAGGCAAGGGCUGGGAAGGGGACGUGCACGGCCGGCGGUGGCCCCUGCGCCGGGGAUGGGGGCUCGGGUGGCACCGCAAGCCGACCGGGGGCUGUUUGCCCCCCGCCGCCGGGGAGAGCCAGCAGCUGGGAGGAGGGGGACCCCCACCAGCAUCCGGGGGGCAGCGAGGGGGUGGGAAACACCGCCCAUCCCCCGCAGCAGCCUAGCAAGCCCCCGGACCCCUCCUCGCAGCUGGGGGCUGGCACCCCAAUGCCAGGCACCCACCUCCCUGCUCCCCCCCCCACCAAGAAGGCCUGCUCCCAGGUGCCUUGCAGGAAAGCCCUCUUCUCCAGUAGCAGCCGCCGGGCAUCGAGCCAAGGAGCCCGGGGCCCAGAGCCCGAUGGUGGGAGCGCUGCGCCCCCCCAGCCCGGGGGCACGGUGGGGCAGGGGGAGCAGCGGGGUCCCUGCAGCCCCAGGUGGCUCCCAGGGAGCCCCCUCCGUGCCUUGUCCACCAACAACUGCAACAACACCCGUGGGCCGGGUGGGCAGGACACCCCGGGAACGGGCGGAGGUAAGAGACCCGCGCACGGGGGCCUGGGGGGGUCACCAACUAGGUGGGGAUGUGACUGUCUCGCUGCGGUUACAGGGGCACCGUCGCAGCCUGCUGCCAGCCCAGUCGCCCCUGCGUCCCAGGAGGCUGCUCAUCCCUCCGGAGAAGCUGCCGGGACGCCCGACACGCAGCAGCGGCACCCAGCCGGGAGCGCGGCACACGGGGAGCCGGGCCGGCCGGCGAGCCGCAAGAGCAGCAGCGCAUCGGCAUCAGGGCUGAAGAAGCUCCUGUGCAGCCUGAGCCAGAGCACCAAGCAGCGCCUGGGCCGCUUCCGCUGCUACAGCAUGGAGCAGCUCCCGGCCCCCGGCAGCACCCCCCUGGAUGGCCCCGGCAUGAAGAAGUCACCCUCCCUGCAGUCCCUGCGGCUGGUGUCACCCUUCUGCCAGCCCCAAAAAGCCGCCUCCGUCCAGAGCCUGCACCCCCUCCUGGGCAAGGCACCCCGCGCCAGUGCCUACCUCCUGCCCCAGACCACCGCCGAAAGGAAAGGGAGCUCGGGGCCGCGGCGCUCGCUGAGCGUGGAGGACAUCGGGGCGCCCGGCCGGCUGCGCGCAGUGGGGCGCGUGGUGGAGGUCUUCCCCGACGGCACCAGCCAGCUGGAGCUGCAGCGUCCCCCCCACGGUGCCUUCGGGUUUGGUGUCACCUCCGGGCACGGCCGGCCUGACACAGGUGUCUACGUGCAGGAGAUGGCGGAUGCCGGCACGGCCAAGCUGUACGCGGGGCUCCUGGGCGUGGGGGACGAGAUCCUGCAGGUCAACGGGGCGGCCGUCUCGGGGCUGGGGCUGGCCCGCAUCCGUGAGCUGCUGCUCCGGGCGGACACCCUGUCCCUCCGCGUGCUCAAGCAUCGCCCGGUGCCCCGGUAG